ACUUUCUAUUAUGCCGCAAGUUCGCCACCACGCUUUUUAUCGGCUAAACAUUCAUUUUCUAUCUGUCAGAAAAAAAGAGCCAUUUGUUAUAAUCCAUCUUUGACGUUGACUUCUUACCACCCAACCUUAACCCAAUGUCAAUGCCCUUUUCGCUUCAUCACUUCCAAGCCAAGACUAAUGUAGCUUAACCCAUUCUUAAAUAAAACUCACCGUUUCACACACACUCUCUCUUCCCUUUUGUUUAAGAAGUUGAUGACCGAUUUUUUCUUCUCCACUCUUGAAUUCCUUCAGAGCAAUUUCCCUAUUUGUUCCCCUCUCCGAUCCGUCUCCGAUUAACCGGCUCCUUGCAAUGCCCCUCUGAUUUUCUCUCUUUCGAGAAUUCCGGCGAAAACGUUUCUCUGGAUUUCCUGCUGCGUCUUCAUCUUCUGACUGUACCUGACAACAGUUUGUGAAUUGUGGCUUGGAGUUAUGGCGAUGGCUUCGAAACGAAGCGCGAAGUCCAAGGGAUUACGAUUGAGCGGCUCCAGAGCUGCGAAUUCGCCGACUUCUUCAACGACGUCGUCUUCAAAACAGUUUCUAGAAACUUCUGUGGAUGGUCUGAGCUCGCCGGCGUCUUCUUCCGCUCGGAGCAAGACGCCGUAUUCGUUUUCCGAGAGCGUGCCUUCGGACGCGAAGGAGAAUGUGACCGUUACGGUGCGGUUUCGUCCUCUGAAUCCCAGGGAAAUUCGUCAGGGAGAGGAGAUAGCGUGGUAUGCUGAUGGAGAAACCGUGGUCCGGAACGAGUAUAACCCGUCCCUAGCGUAUGCUUACGAUCGUGUCUUUGGUCCCACAACUACAACUAGGCAGGUCUAUGAUGUUGCUGCUCAACAUAUUAUUAGUGGUUCUAUGGAGGGCAUCAAUGGUACAAUAUUUGCAUAUGGUGUAACAAGUAGUGGGAAGACUCAUACAAUGCAUGGUGAUCAAAGAUCUCCGGGAAUUAUACCUCUUGCUGUGAAGGAUGCUUUUAGCAUUAUCCAAGAGACUCCAAACAGAGAGUUUCUUCUUCGAGUUUCAUAUCUGGAGAUCUACAAUGAGGUGGUUAAUGAUUUAUUAAAUCCAGCUGGACAGAACUUAAGAAUCAGAGAGGAUGCUCAGGGAACCUUCGUUGAGGGAAUAAAGGAAGAGGUUGUACUCUCCCCUGCUCAUGCACUGUCCCUUAUAGCAGCCGGAGAAGGUAUAUAUGCCAGCUAUUUUUUCUUCUGAAUUGUUCUAGUUUGU